AUCCAUAGAUUAGGGCAUAAUGCAUUUUAAAUUGACUGAUUUCCUUCUAUGAACUGUAACUCAUUCAAAUGUUGCGUUUGUGUUGUUCAGUAUACAUGCAGGUAUUGUGACCUUUCUGGCUGGGGGUGGAAGCAAAGCUUGUAGUUUACUGGCUAAUGCCUGGCUACUGUAGCUAACGUUACUCUCAAAAGAAAAGUUGCUGAUGGGAGCUGGGUAGCUGCGGUGUCAGAGAUAACAGACACACAAACAGCAAGAGGGAAGAUGAGUCAACGUGAGCAGCAUGAUAAAGUCCCAGCAUACCUCAAAGAUGAGCCUCCAGCAGACAGCAACAAGGAUCACCCAGCGCCCCAGCCAGGCAUGUUCUCCAGAGUGACCGGCGGCCUCUUCAGUGUCACUAAAGGUGCCGUGGGAGCCACUGUGGGUGGGGUUGCCUGGAUAGGAGGGAAGAGCUUCGACUUGACCAAGACCGCUGUCACCUCGGUGGCCGCUGUACCCGGCAUCGGGGUGGGGCUGGUGAAAGGAGGGGUGUGUGCUGUAGCAGGAGGCGUUUCUGCAGUAGGCUCAGCAGUAGCCAGUAAAGUUCCUAUUGGAGGGGGCAAGAAAAAGGACAAGUCUGAUUGAGGAGUGGAGGAAGACGGUGCAUUUUGGGUAUUGUGCAUGUCGUGUCUGAUCCGCCUACAGUCUGGAGGGCUACGGAGCAAUCCAACAAUGUCGUGUGUAUUCACUUUUCAUGGAGGGCUCGACACUCUGAUUCGCGAGUGUCUAUGGACCACUCCCAUAUUAUAUGGCCUGGCCACUGAGGGCGAGAUUAAAUAAGGGGUUUUCUGUUCAGCAGUGCAGGGGCCACCCCACCCAUCUUUGUCUGUAAUAUAAACCAGUGCCUCAAACUGAAAUAUGAAAUGACUGACUGAAUGUUGUAUUUACUGUAGAUAGAAGCCAACCAAGAAAACAUUAAGCCUAUUUUAUUGCGUAAUAUUUGUUCCAUCUCUCAGCCACCAUUGAAGAAACAUGCCGUGAACAUAUACCAUGUUUAGGCUCUGUUCAUGUUCAUUGCUGUGUUUGUUGAAAACUUGAACGUCACCUGACAGUCAGACAAUCCGUGAUCAAUGACUAGCCCGGCACCUCUGACAGAAAAUAAAGAGGAUCUCGUGGGGGGGGGGGGUUGGUACUGGGCCUGCACAGGGGGGUUUACCACCGUGAUCCCUGGGCUGUGGCGGGGUUCAGAUUGAAGAAGCCAGCACCGGGCUGUUCCAACAACCGAGGCAGCGCCUUGUUGCAAAAAGCGUCGGUAAUGGCGGGGAGUUGAUGGCUCCACUCCAUCUCUCUGAUUGAUUCUGUUUCUGAGAUUACUGACUCUGCUUCUGGGGCCCAGCAGCCCAGCUUUGGUGCCCUCUCCCACAACAACACUCAUCACUCUCCCUCUGCUCCCUGAGAAUUACUGUGGCACUCUGGGAUUUUAAUGCUGCCUGCCAGGGCUAUGGGGGACUAAACACUCUGCUCAGGAAGUCAAUGUUCCUGGCUAUAUGUUUAUGCUUGUGGAAAUUGUUUUCAUUUUUCCCUUCUGCUGUUAAGUAUAUGAUUUGAAUCUCAAACUCCCCGUUCCUGAUGUGAUGGGGAUUUUUUUUCAUCCACCAGGGAAAUUCUCUAAAGGGGACAUGUUCCAUUUAAAAGGUUUCUUCUGAGAGUUCUCUCUGGUGUGAGUAAUGUACUCAUGUUUUUCAAUGACAGUAGUUUUAGGAUGCGUUUACCCUUUAAAGGUAUGGAAUUCAUGUUUUCACUGAUGAUGCGCUGAAUCACAGAGCUCUGUCACUGCCCUUUCUGUUGCUUUCUUUUGUUCUUUCACUAUUGUACACAGUGUAUGUGGACUACAAUCUGGUAGGAUCAAGGUGCCUUAUUCCAACACGAUAGCCUGAACAACAGUAACAUAUUCCUUUUUGAUCCUACCAGAUUGUAGUCCACAUACACUGCGUGUACAAUACAUCAAGGACACCUGCUCUUUCCUUGACAUAGCUUUCACCUGGUCAGGCUAUGAUCCCUUAUUGAUGUCACCUGUUAAAUCCACUUCAAUCAAUGUAGAGGAAGGGGAGGAGCCGGGUUAAAGAAGUGUUUUUUUUUAAAGCCUUGAGACAAUUGAGACUUGGAUAGUGUAUGUGUGCCACUCAGAGGGUGAAUGGGCAAGACCUGUUUUAAGUGCCUUUGAACAGGGUAUGGUAGUAGGUGCAAGGUGUACCGGUUUGUCAAGAAAUGCAAAGGACAUCCAGCCAACUUGACACACCUGUGGGAAGCAUUAGAGUCAACAUGGGCCUGCAUCCCUGUAGAGCACUUUCGACACCUUGUAGUGUCCAUGCCCCUACAAGGUUGUUUUUAGGGCAAAGGGGGGUGCGCAACUCAAUAUUAGGAAGUUGUCCUUAAUGUUUUGUCUACACAGUGUAUUGUACUACUGGCAAAAAAAUAACUAGGCUAUUUUAGCAUUAUACAUUUAAGGCGUUGCCUAAUGUUAUAGCUAUUAGAAAUACAAUGUAUUCAUAUUUUUAAUAUAGUGCUCUAUCAAAGGAUUUCACUAUUAAUCAGUGGAUUCUUUAAAAGUGGAGUGCACUGUGCCACAAAACAUUGGUGUGUAGGCUACACCUUUAACAUCACAUGGAUAUUUAUUUUGUUCAGGAUUUGUCUCCUUCAUAAAUCGCCUUUCCAGUUUUCACCUCAAUAUUUCAUGAACCUUUCAUUCAUUCCACGCGUUGACUGUUGGAUACAGGAGUUAAGGCUGAGGGAUUUCAGACUGAUCCUUCUACCAUUUAAGGGAUUUCCUCUUGCGUUUCCUGUCAAUGUGCUGAAGGUGGAAUUGAACUUGUAUUUCAAUAUCAUUUUAUAAUAAAUAAAUCAGCCUUUUUCAUCAGA